AUGAGUGGGUCGGCAUUCCUGGCUGUUUGUGUAUCAGCAUACUACUAUAUCUUUUGUAACGACUUGAUCCCGUCGUAUUCGGUGUUUUACAUAUCCAAGGACCAAAUUAAUUCCUACGUCGAUAGGAAUAUCAACGUUAACGCCAGAGGAGGUGACUUUGUUAUACCGCUAAAUACAGAAGAUAUUGGUGAUGAUGGCAUGGGGGGUGUUAUUGAAGGUGGUGGUGAUGAUGAAGACACCGACGUGCUAUUGUUUAAAGAGAAGCAGAAAUUGGAAACCCCUUCAUCUUUGGGGACUGAAUCUAAUAUAUUGAGACAACUGCCGUCUUACUUAGCAUUAGGUGUAUUAUUCAGUAUUACUAUUGGACUUUGUGUUCAAUUGAUCUUACUAAUGUUAAGUGAAGUGAUAGAAUUCUCUUCUGAAGAGUCAAGAUUGGUAUUGUUUCAUUUCACUCUCAAUUUACUCGUGUUUUUACUAACAUUGGUACUUCCAUUCAUAUUAUUCAACUUGCUUGUGAAUAAUAAUCCUAUCCAUAUAUUCUCCUUUUCAUCCAAAAUAAGGUUGACUAUCAUUACAAGUUGCAUGGUAGGUUGGUUUGUGCUUUUGAGUAGAUUUGGGACACUCAGUCAGUCAUUCACGCCUAUACAGUUGUACAAUCGAUCAUUACUUGAAUGGAAGAUCAACGAGAUAUCAAUUGGAGGCAUUGUCACCCUUGCCAUCCUUCUGGGAGUUGGUUCAACUUCUACAGCAUUUAAACUAUAUCUACGGGUUAGACAUGGAACAGAUGGUUCAGGUACAGUUUCGGUUUCAAGCAUAAACUACUUGAUCCGUUCUUAUAAUAACACCACUGGCCUCCUACAUAAGCGACAACAUGAACUACAGAAAUUAGUGACUCUAACAACUAAUGGUACCGUAUAUAAUAACGGUAACAUCCAAGAGGGGGCUCCUAAGAGUCAUAGAAGACAACAGUUACUCAAUAAAGUGCAAUCAUUUGCUUCGUUAGGGUCAUCAUUGAAUGAUGAAGAAGAAACCUCUUUGAACAAUGAAAUAAAAUCCCUACAAAUGCUUAGACUGGGUAUUUAUCAUGAUAUUGUCAAACAGAUCAAUCAGUAUGUCUCGUCAAAAUCUUUAAAAAUCAAUAAGGAGGAACAGGAUGUGCUACAGAAACUUAAUACUGGCAUUACCAUUGGAUUUGGGGCUUAUUGUACAUACCGUAUCAUCACCGUGUUGUUGAUUAGAUUGCCCUAUUUUUUGCUUUUGAAAACAGAAUCAAAACCUUCAUUGUCAACUCGAACUGGAGAAACUCAAACAAUGUCUGAAGAUAAUGAUAAUUUGGCAGCUACUGUUGCCAAAGAUGCGCUAGCUAUAACCAUUUCCAAAAUGGUAUCAGCUAUUAUUACGCUUCCCAUAUCAGAGAAACAAUUAGUUAAUCAACUUAGUUUCAUUCUUAGUGGGAGUUUAUUUAUUGGGUCGAUAUCGAACGUUUUAACCACUUUCCGCUCCAUUUCCAAAGCAUUCCCUCUUUUUUUCAUCAAUGAAAACACUUAUACCAAAGGCACAAUGCAUUACAUCAAACAUUUGGUUAUGGGCGAGCUUUUCGGAAUAUAUGUCAUUGCAACAGCUCUAUUGAUUAGGACAAACUUACCAUCCACAAUGUCCUAUCAAGUUUCCAAAGUUCUUUCGUUACUGGGUGGGAGUAAUCAACAAACUCUGCACAAUAUAUCGAUCCAGGAAGUGGCCUUAAUAGACGAAUGGUUUGAUAAGAUUUUUGGAGCCAGUUGUUUAAUCACUCUUUUCCUGAUUGCCAUGCAACUGUUUGUCAACGAUAAGUCAGGAGAAGACUACGAUGAGGAAAUGGUAGUAGAAGACUACGAUGAUUUACCAUUAAAUGAGUUUGACUCUACUUCAGGGCACCACGAGUCUCAAAGCGGUUCUAAUCUCCCUGUUGGUGCUACAGCUAAGGAACAUAUAGAUACCGUCGACAAUGCUACCCUUCACAACCCUCAAGUACACCCAAUCAAGUCUAGCCAGUUUCCCAUUCCUCCUCAAACAGUUUCUAACAUCAAGCACUUGUCUGAAACAGCUACCAUCAAGAAUGCUUCCCUUUCGAGCUCGUUGAAGAAAUCAGCUUGCUCAGAAUCAUCGUUUACUUCAAAGGUGUUUUCUCAUGUUUCAAAGUCAACGACAGAAUCCAAUGGGCUAGAAGACCCAGCAUCACCUUACACCAUUGGCUCUAAUAUUCAACAUAAGAAGCCAUCUUUGGAAGUUGAAUCUACUGCAUCCUUCCAGUUGCCGGUAAACAGCGGAAAAACUCUGGGACGUGCUCCUUGUCGCCGUCAUCCUUCACUAAAGUUGCCCACUUUCACUGCCUCAUCGUCUGCAACUACCGUUUCCUUGCCAGUCAGUGCACUUGCUCAAGAUUCUACUUUAAGACUAUCACUUCCCAUUUCCUCCUCACAAAAAGCAAACAAGAACAUAAUAAAAAAUCCAAAUCCUCCAAAGGAGUCAUAUCUUCUGUCCACCUUCAACUUAGAUGAGUAUAAUGCUGAGCUUAAUUCCAAAUAUCAGUUCAGAAACCCAAUCAAGGGAAGAUCAAUUUCAACCAGAAGGGUGGGUCAAGCUACUUUGUCAUAUAGCUCAUUGUGCAGUAGCACCAACUCUUCCUCGCUGACUGUUAAAGGCAGUGGCCACGAAUUAUUGGUGGAUAGCAAAAACGAUAUUCCUAAAUCCUGCAAAGGUGACCAAAUAUUAUCAGAGGAUAUCAUCUUUCAAACAGAAUUUAACAAAGCACAAUCCAGCGAGAAAUCCAACUACGGGCUUCAAAACUUGACAGCUAGUGAAAUCAAAACCACUGAUUGGGAGAUUGAACAAAUCAUAGAGUGUUUACGCUUAGAUCUUGAAGUUGCUUCUGUUAUCAAAAGCAUGAUCCCGAUAGAAGAACUUCAAUCAAUGCUAGAAGAGAGAAUUCAAGACAUCCCGCUCAUUGAUAAGGCACUCUUUGAAGAUCUCAAACUCAAAAGCUCCAAACUUCAAGAAAAAUGGUUCUCUAGUGAGAUCCCUGAUCGCCAUAACGAGCAAGUUACCGAGUUGUUAAAGGUAUCAUGGGAAAUCAAUGAUUGGUUCGACUCUACUGACAUAAUUUUAAAGUUGUACUCUUUCACAUAA